AUGGUAUGCACGGGCGGGGGGUCGAAGAGCGGGUCGAAGACGAAUCUGAACGAGUCGACGGUGCCGCUGCUGGAGGAGGGGGGGAAGGUGGAGGACGAGAAGGAGAGCAUCGAGCUGAAGGAGAAGGACCCCGAGGGCGGAGAUUCCAAGGAGGAGAACGAGGAAGGGGGGAAGGGGAAGAAGAAGAAGAAGAAGGACAAGGAGAAGAAGGAAAAGAAGGAGAAGGAUGAGAAGUGCAAGAGAUAUCGGUUCACGAAGCCGAACAUCGUGAACAGCCUCACCAUCGGUCUCAACAUGCUGGAUCGGGACGACCGCAAGAUCAACGAUGCCGUCAACGUGAGCUUCGAGGACGUGUUGGGGGAGCCGGACGCCUCGCACGGCCUGGGGGCCAUGUGGAAGCUGGUCUACAUCACCUUCAACUUCACGAAGCGCUGGAUCUAUACCAUCUUGGGGGCGCUGCUGGGGUUCCCGCUGGCUCUCAUCUGGGGGGUCGUCUUCGCCAUCGUCUGCUUCCUGCACAUCUGGAUCAUCUCGCCCGUGCUCAGGCUCUUGGACGUCUUCUUUAACAUCGUUCGCAAGGCGAGUUUUCUUUGUUGGUUGGGCUGGGGCGUGCGACGCGGUUUUUUUUUUGAGAUGGUGUGCGGUGAUGAGGGAAAGAUGGGGGCUGGUUUAAAAGUGAAUUAUGGCCGGCGAUGGGUGUGGUGA